AUGACCAAGAGCGAUGCGCAAGGGCGUCAUCCACAAGAGACAGCGAUUCAUGCAGCAACAAAAGACGAAGUGGUUCAAGAUCAAUGGAGAGCUCCAUUUGAAGUAUUGAGUCGGACGCUAGUGUUUCAACAUGAGGGGCACAAACUUUGGUGGGAACGGGCAGCUUCAAAGCUUGCCACAUACCUUAGGCUUGCAAAGUACAGCUUGGUAUCUCAGUACCAGCAUCUGUUGAUGUUCUACUCCGUCUACGCGCCGAAUCUGGGACCCUGGCCCAACGAGAAGCGAGAUAACGUUCACUGGGUCUGCGGUAUCUGCCCUGGAGGCGAGAACCUGGAACUUAGCAUCAACUACCAACAAGGAUCGAAAUGCACUGUUCGCAUCGCUGCUGAGACCAUUACGCCCGCGGCCGGUACUGAUAAGGACCCUUUCAACCUGACCGCUGAGAAGAAGAUGAUCGAGGAUCUCAGGGCCAUCCAACCGGAUCUUGACUUCACUUGGUUUGAUCAUUUUCAGCGGGAGGUUCUGGUGCCGGAAGAGGUGGUUCUGAGCAAUGACGACGUUCUCUCCAAAGUCCCGUUCAAGAAUCAGAGACUCCAUGGGCUUGAUCUGAGUGAAGGAGCAUUUAUGUUGAAGUCCUACUUCAUGCCUGCGAUUCGCUCCGCCAUUACUGGGAUUGAAACCACACAGAUUAUGUUUGAAUCUAUCCGAAAGCUGAAUCUCAAGAAUGCCAACAUCAUCUCCGCUCUGAAUACGCUAGAAGACUGGAUGGUUCCGACGAAUGGCUGUUUUAUGGAGUAUUGGGAUGCUGUUUCCUAUGACGCGGUCGAUGCUGAUAAAGCCAGGAUCAAAGUAUACACAGGGAUUUGUAUGAAGUCAUUAGAGCAGGCCCGUGAUGUCUGGACGCUGGGAGGGCGGCUCCAGGACGAAGACAUCGAGAAAGGCUUUGAUCUUGUGGCGAGGCUGUGGAGACGUCUGAUGGAUGAAGAGCCAUCAACCUGCGAGAUGAAGUACUGGAUGCAAUGGGUUUGGGAGUUGAGGACUGACGUUCCUAUCCCUGUCCCUAAGCUAUACUUUAGUGUUGCUGCAGCUGAAGAUCACUAUGUCUCCGAUACGGUCGUCGAAAUCCUCGACUACCUCGGUUGGGAUGAGCAUGUCCAGACUCAUCGAGCCUUGAUGGACGAAGCCUGGUAA